AUGCCGACAACGCCCUCCCGCCAACUCCUUUCAACGUUAAUAACCUCUCUCGGCAACACCCGCUGGACCUUACUCCGAACCCUCCGGAGUGAGAACCCCCUCGACCUAAACGGCGAGCUCCGCGGGACCGCGGCCUUCACCGCACAACCUCCCACCACCACCGACCGCGACUGGCUAUACUGCGAAGAAGGGGAGAUACCUAGCCAUGUUGGCACAGGGGCUUUACCGCCUGGUCUACGGUGGACAAAGAAGUACAUCUGGCGCCUAGACAGCGACAGCGGACGCGUUAGCGUCUGGUUCGUAAAAGUCGCGCCGGGCCCGGAAGAAGCAGACUACCUAUUCCACAACUUCGACUUUGAUUCGGGUUCGGAUUUAGAUUCGCUACCAGAUUUGGAAUCGGUGUCUGCGCAGAGGGAUCCCGGUGAAUUCGUCACGCCGCCCGUGCCGCCUGCUGUGUCAACCUCCGGCAAGACUACUGUCCUCAAUGCUCGAGGCAACCAUCUCUGUAUCAACGAUAUGUAUCGCACGGCGUAUGCGUUCCGCAUUGAGCCUGAUACCGGGAAGGUGCUUAGCUGGGCUAGUCGGCAUGUUGUGCGCGGGCCGAAGAAGGGGCAGGACAUCGUUAAUCGGUACGAGAAGGAGGCAUGA